GCCUGGCCGGGGGGAUGGAGGCGGCGGCCAACUGCUCCCUGCGCGUGAAGCGGCUGCUCUUGGACCCCAAGUUCGAGGGCUACAAGCUCUCCCUGGAGCCGCUGGCCUGCUACCAGCUGGGGCUGGACUCGGCUGUAGCAGAAGUGAAACUUCGAGAUGAUCAGUAUACCCUGGACCACAUGCGUGCCUUUGGCAUGUAUAAUUACCUACAUCUUGAUUCUUGGUACCAGGAUAAUGUCUACUAUGUUGAUCAACUUGGAAGGGUUAUGAAUUUAUCAGUGACUCUGGACACUGCCUUUCGAAAGCCGAGAGAAGUAUUCAGGCUACCUUCAGACGUGACAGCUUGUGAUAAUCGCCUUUGUGCAUCAAUACACUUUUCAUCUUCUACCUGGGUUACCAUUUCAGACGGAACAGGAAGUUUGUUUCUUAUUAAAACGGGCAAACGUGGAGAUGCUGCAUCUGAAAAGUGGGAGAUUAUGUUUAAUGAAGAACUUGGGAGUCCCUUUGUUAUAGCCCACAGUGUUUCCUUUGUAAAGUCAGAUGUGCAUUCAGUAGCUGGGCUUCUGCUUCGAGUAGAAAAAGAUGAACUGGAUGCAAAAGGAAGUGGCUUCCAUGUGUCCUUGGAAUGGGUUACAAUCACAGAAGUAGACCAAGAGGAUAAUCAAAGAUAUGAGAUCUUCAAGCGCAGAGUUCUCCAAGGAAAGUCAGUCCCUCAUUAUGCAGCUAUAGAGCCAGAUGGGGAUGGUCUAAUGAUUGUCUCCUACAAACCCUUCAAAUUUAUGCAGGAUGAGGAAAAUCAGCUUGAAAAAAAGGAAGAUGGGAAAAUAGCAGAUAAAAAGAAAGACCCGGUCUAUUAUUGGCAACAGACUGAAGAUGAUUUGACAGUAACAAUUCAUCUUCCACAAGACAUCACUAAAGAUGACAUACAAGUACAGUUUUCUCCUGAUCAUAUCAUUGUAGCAUUGAAAAGUCAGCCUCCUUUGGUGGAAGGAAAACUCUGUUCAUCUAUUGACCAUGAAAGCUGCACGUGGAUAAUUAGAGAUAAUAGUUUGGAGAUUUCUCUAAUUAAGAAGGAUGAAGGACCCAUGUGGCCAGAGCUUAUAGUAGGUGACGCACGAGGAGAAUUCAUCAUGGACUCUUCCCAGUGUUCUGCAGUAGCUGAACGUCUGAUUCAUCUUACCUCUGAAGAAAUGAAUCCAAACCCUGACAAAGAAAACCCUCCUUGUAAUGCACAGGAAUUGGAGGAAUGUGAUAUUUUUCUUGAAGACAGCACAAGCUUAUGCAGAUUUGAUGGUAACACCUUGAAAAUCACUCAUGUGGUAAAUCUUGGAAGCAACCAGUAUCUCUUCUCAGCAGUGGUGGAUCCCAAAGAAAUGCCUUGCUUCUGUUUACGGCAUGAUAUUGAUGCUCUUCUCUGGCAGCCACGCUCUGACCAACCGGACAAUAUGUGGGAGCACAUUGCAACUUUCAAUGCUUUAGGUUAUGUCCAAGCAUCAAAGGAAGACAAGAAAUUCACCGCUUGUCCUCCAAAUUAUUCCUAUGCUGCUAUUUGUGAGUGCCUGCGUCGAGUGUUCAUCUAUCGACAGCCCACUCCUCUGUCCACUGUUCUCUACAACAGGAAGGAGGGAAGACAAGUAGGGCAGGUUGCUAAGCAGCUGAUAGCAACCCUGGAAGCCAGUGAUCCUAUCUUGGGCUUUCAAGCUACAAAUGAGAGAUUAUUUGUUCUCACAACAAAAUCCUUGUUUUUAAUAAAGGUAAACACUGAAAAUUAAUUAUCCAAUAUGUCAUGUUGACUUGGAUGUAUUCACAAUUGGUCUGAGAAAUGAUGAGAUAUUAGCUAAAAAGUUCAAUCACAUACUACUGAAGUUGAAGUAAAAUAUCAUAUGUAGCCUGUUUAAUUUUUAAAAGGACAACCAAAAUAUGUUCACUGGAACUUGUCUCUGUGCCCAGUUGGAUAAAGCUUUUCAACUCCAUUGUCACUGAAUUUUUGUGGGAACUUCCAAUUCUAUGGAAAAGUGCAAGAAAACUGUCUGUGCUAGCAGCAUUUUAAUCAGUUACCAGAGUCGUGUGUGAAAUGAUCCAUCCAUACAUUGCUUUUUUCAUAUAGUUUUUUUACCACACUUCUGCCAUUCAAGAAGAUCUUGAGUAUUCACUUAUUUCUAUUUUGUAUAAUUGCCACAGUCUCUCUGUGGGUAUUAUUCAGAUGUAAUAAAACAAAGCCUUGUUUUAUUACAAGUUUAUAUAAACGGGAGGCAAAGAUCACACUUUAUACAAAUAGAUAUUUUACAGAGCCAUUUAAAUUAUUUUUGAAAAUUUUAGUCUCAGUUUAUGUUUAAAUGUCUUUACUUAGUAUUAGCAAAUCAUGGCUCAUUGGCUAAAUGAUGGCGUGUUGGGGCAUCUGCUUUUCUCAGGCAUAUUUUUUAUUCAGGUCAAAUAACCGUAUUAUAUACAUGCAGUUGUAGUAAUCUGAUUGAGACACACUUGUGCUUCCCAUUAAAUCUUCAAACAUUUUAAAAACUAAAAUGGUUUUGGUAGCUUUCUCUUGGGGACAGAGGAAGAGAGAAGAAAACAUUUGUCUGUGGAUGAAAUUUAAAAUGGCACAGGUUGAAGUACUGUUGAGAUUCCAAGUUUGUACAUCAGUUACUUCCACAUGAAAUCUGAUCCUUUACCACUAAAUCAUGGGCAUAUUACUUGACAGUCAAACUUAACCUGAGAUACUAAACUCAAGCUGUGCUGCUUCUGCCUUAUACGUCGUCACCAUGAAUAUAGAUUCUGCGAUUAGGGUUUAAUUAACCAUUAUCCCCUCAUAUUCUUAUAACUAUACUGGAUAUGCUCAGCUUACAGGAGUAAGGUUUAAGAAAGAGGUGCCGGUUUUACCUAGUGGCCUUGCUGACCAUAACAAUGUAAGGUUCUGUUUAACAAAUAUAUAUAUAUUUGUCAAAAGUUCGAUCUACAGAAUUUUUUAACAUCUUUAAAGAGACAUUGCCAACAUGGUGAAGAUGAAAAACUGGUUGGUCUUGAACUCCUCCCUGUUUUAGAUUUUUGCUUAAGAUUCCUAAGCAAAGUAUCUCUUUCAGCUGAUAUCUUUCAUGAAGUUUAAAAGUAACGUAAAAAACAUGUGACUUCUAUAAACUGAACAGUGAAUUUGUGUUAUGUCGUCCUCCAUGUUGUUGCAUAUCUUUUUCUACAUUAUUUCAGAUUAUAGCAAAUAUUAGAAGGAAAUGUCUCCGCUUGGGAGGACAUAACAGAGACGCUUCUAGGCAUGACCAUCUUGAUUGUACCCAGGAGCUCAUGAAAGUUUUGAUUUGCAGACCCAUGUCAGUGAAAUGAGAAUGAAUAAAAUGGUAAAUUCUUAAAAAGCAGAGGUGUGAUCACAGAGUGCAAGUCUGCUCUUCUGAUGAGGAUUUAAGGGAUCUGAUUCUCAUCUUGCUUACGUCCGUUUUACACCACUGUACAUCUAUUAAUUUCAGGAGUUACUCUUUCCAAUGGAAAAGAGAACACAAUUGGGCCCAACCUCCAUAAUAUCUCUUUACUUUUACUAUCUAUAAAACAGAAAAAAAUCUUUAAUAUUCUGUUAUCUAGAAUAUGUAGUUUCAUGUGUGUCCUACUUCUGAAUUUUCACUGAGUAAAUAAGCAAUGUCAAAAACAAUAUGGUAUUAUUAUAAUCUUUUUUAGACUGCUUUGCUUUAUACUAACUCCAAGUGCAUGCGGCAAAGAAUAGUUGGAGUCGUUUCUUCUCAGCCUAAGUGAAAUUGAGAUUUGUACACAUCUGAGUUCAGAUCUCCCAAAACAUAACCAGCUGGAAUACAUCAUGCAGAAAGAGUCAGCUCAUAUGGGGGGAAAUGUAUCAGUCAUAUCAACUGUGAAACUGGAUUUCUUCAAUGGAGGGAAGCUCCAGGAUAAACUAAUAAUAAUUCAACUAUUUCAUAUAAAAUUACACUUACUAAGACUUAGAUAGCUAAAAGCUAAUUUCUAUUAUCUUCUGGACAAAUUAAGCAAAGCCAAGUACAAUUGUCACCUUCAUAGCCCUAGUUAUAACAAAUAGUAAGGGAAAGGAUGCUGCUAGAAUGUUCUGAGCUUCAAACAAGGUCACAUUUACUCAGCAGCAAAACUGAUUAAAGUGGAAAAAGUGUUCCUCCUUUUUCUGAAUACUCUGCUCACUUGUUAACAAUGGGAAUGGACCCUGAAAUGUAUUCUGCUCAAAAAACUUGCAUAGAAUAAUAUGUUUCCAUGUCCUUCUAAAGAGUUAAGAGUAUUGUUUAUUAUUUAAAACCCAUCAAUUGCCUUGAUGAGCCAUACAUGCUGAUAUAAAUCAACCUACUUUUCUGCUAAAAAAAAAAAAAAUCCAUAAUUAAAUUGUUGGCAGUUGCAGAGCCAUAUUUGUUACUUUCGCAUUCCCAUUUUACAUUCAUUUUCUUUCGAGGCUUAUAUCUGUCAUAUGCUACCACAGACUCAGAUAUAGUAGAAUGUGAUUAUUCAAAAUGUAUGGGGUGUGG